AUGACUUCAAAUUUAACUACAGGACCCCUUGACAUAGCAGCGUCUUACAAGGAUUUUCUAAUCAACGGCAAAAGCCUCCAUCUGGCAAAGAAUGGAAGAAAUUACACAACUGUCUCAAAUUUCCAGACUCUUCCACACAAUAUUAUUUCGAGAACAAAGAAGAAAAAUAGAAGAGGAAGCCUGGAUUACGGCAGAACGAUAAAAAUGAACAACACGGAGUUCCACCAAGAGAUAAAAGUCCUGAGGCAAGAUAAUACUGCAAUGAAGGAACAGAACAGACACAUUCUGGCAGUCCUUAAUGAGAUAAAAGCUCUAAUUCAGACCCAAAGUCAUAAGAAGUGCGACUGUGAAGAGGGAAAACCCGAUAGUAAAAACCAAAGCGUGCUUGAAACAGUCAACCUGAUGUACGAAACAGAGGUGGCCCCGACUGAGAAUGAUAACUUCUCUGAUGGAAGAAGUGAACAAGAAGAAGAUAAAGUUGGAGCUAAGAGAAAUGAAAUAAAAUUUAAGAACGUUCUUAAUAAUCGUCAGCAAAAACAUAUAGAAUCUUUGCACGAGAAGUAUCAUGGUAACAAUGAAAAAGUUUUAAUUGAAUUUAAGAAAAAAUUUCACAAAGACAUUGAGAAGGCAGUGGUUAUAAAAACGAUAAAAAAUUAUGAUUCUAAGAAUCCAAGAAAAAUGAAAAAAGAAAAUUCUAAAAUGAACAAUAAUGAACCUAAGAUCCCAAUUAAACAGAAGCCAAAUACUCUAAAUAAGAGUAAGAUAGGCACAUCAGGAACUUUUGUUAGUAAAUCUGGAUUGGAUUCUAUCAAAGAAGAAGAUCCAACACCAAUGACUAAAACUAAGACAAUGUGUGAAAAUUCAGAUGAUAAUCAUACUUUACAAAUUCCGGGGAACCAAAACAUUGCAAAAUCAGAAGAAAGAUCAGUGGCGAUCUGUGACGAAUGCUCAAAAUCAUCAGGGGUGGAUUCUCAAUGAAUGUGGAAGAAAAAUAUGGGAUUAAAUUCAGAUGGCAAGUCUCAUAUUGGUGUUGGUAGUGAUCAAGAUAUGAGUUUUACAUCUGUUAAGUCAGAAUACAAGUAAAGAGAUGUUUAUGACAGAUUAAAACUCCAAUAGAAUGAAGAUAAUAACUUUAGCUCUAAUCC